AUGAGAGCUGAUAUCUUUGAUCGUGUUCAACUUCCUCACGAUCGAUAUGGUCGCCAGCCUUUGCUCAGUGAUACAAGUAACACCAUGGGAACUGACAAGGGAAUGAGUAAGGAAAUACAUUCUCGUAUGUCUGAUCCACGAACUAAUGAUCAUGGGACAAGACUCACUGAAUGGGAUUCCUAUUAUCCACAUUCAAGCGGUGAUGAUAGUCAUAAAUAUUAUCAUGCAGACCGGGUUAUGAGAGGACGUGAUGCGAGGGUAGGAAACAUGCGAUACAAGGGUUCCCGACAUGGUAAGGGUCUUUAUGAUUGUAAUUUUAAUAUGACCUUGAGCGAAAAGGAAAGAAAAAAUGAAAGCAAGUACCAGAAUUUUUCGGAAAAGGCUACUGACUUGGUUCCUUAUGAACAUGUCGAGUGUAAUGGCAAUACCACGCAAGAUGUCGGUAAGUCUCAGAGAAGUAGCGAGACUAAUAAUGCUGCAGAUGAAAGACAGUGCAAGCAUCAGGCUAGUACCAUUGUGGCUCCAGGAUUCCAGCAGGCAAACAUGCAUGAUAAUGUCACAAUACGAAGUAAGACUGUAGCGAGGUCUCUAACGUUUUCACUACAAACAUCUUUCGCUGUCGUAAUGGAUGAGCAAGUCAUUGGUGCUUUAAGUGAUAUGGAGGUACAUGCAAAGGAUGGAGAUGGUGAUGACAUGAUGGCAAGCGAUGAUCUCUUUGAUUAUGAGCUUAAGGAUCUAGAAGACAAGGCUCGGCAUCCUGAUACAAUGGGCUCUUUACGGGCUAAGCACUCCUUCAAAUGUGGGUAA